UACUUAAUCCCUAAUUCUCUGCCUUCCAUCGCUUCCCCAAUUCAGCAGACUGCUGCUCUUGCGAGACGAAGACGACAACCGCCGAGUUCCGACGACGAAGCUGCUGUCGACGACACCGGAAACUCCGCGGCUCCUCCCCGGUCUCCGCCUCCGCCCCUGCCUACGACGAAGUUGCUGACUCUGAACUUAGCCUCCCCUGUGAACCAAGGUGCAUUUUUUGUUGCUUCAGGUUUCAUUUUGGCAAAGUCAGUCAUGAAUUUCACAACACUGUUUAGGAGGUUGAAUAUCAGAGAGUUGGUAUCUAAUGCACCUGUAUACAGUUAUGGUAGCGAUGCAUCUGGGGAGGGAUUGAGCUUAGUACUCCGGCGCUGGGCUACUAAAAAGACAGCGGGAUCCACAAAAAAUGGACGUGACUCAAAGCCCAAGAAUCUUGGAGUGAAGAAAUUCGGUGGAGAGAGGGUGAUCCCGGGAAAUAUCAUUGUUCGUCAAAGAGGAACCCGAUUUCAUCCCGGGGAUUAUGUUGGAAUUGGUAAAGAUCACACCCUUUAUGCUUUAAAAGAAGGGUGUGUCAAGUUUGAGCGUAACAAGCUGACUGGACGUAAGUGGGUGCAUGUUGAGCCCAAAGAUGGUCAUGUUCUUCACCCGAUAUAUUCUACUGCUGCAGAUCCUGAGCUGAAGACUGCUACUUAGAUUUUGCUUCUUCCUAUUUCAAAUCACUUACUUACAUCUACUUUUCUGGAACUAUGGAGUGACCAUCUAUAAGUCUCAUCGUGUUUGAAUUCUUGUUUCCGUUUAUUCAAGGCGCUAGAUACACUUUCUGUACUUCGCCUCUUUAUGGCAGACAUUUUUGUUGUUAGUAAUAAUAGUCAUCUUUUCUCUUUGGUUGCUAUAUUUUGUAAUUCUGACUAAUGUAGCAAUGGUUGAUUUGAGUUCUACUGUGCAAAAAUGGAUUUGUAAAAGGAUGCAGUUUUGCAUUUGAGAGCUA